AGAUAUCCCAACCAACAUUUGAUUCGAACGUGAGCAACAUGUAUCUCGCGGCUAGUGAUUGUGUCGCUCCCAGAGGAUGCUGUUGAGACUCUAUGUCACACUGUGCCUUCUCACACCUGAUGAUGUCUGUCAGUGUGAGCCGGGGACGUUCUGUGGGUCAUGCUUCCAGCAAGUCUCUGCGCAGCGCAGCACCAACCUUUCCAGUGCCAAACAACUUCUCAGGUACCGUAUUAUAUCAAAGUGUAACAAUACUGACGCAAAACGUCAACUACAGAAUGAUGGUUCAAGUGCCUUCGAAUCAGGGUGACACCAUCAACCACCACCUUUUUGCAAUCUCAGGAAAAUCAGAGAUCAACAAUCCUAUAAAGACUCCUGUGUCUGUCAUAAGGAUAUUUUGGGGAUGCUGAGGGGAGAUGAGAGUUGAUACUAUGAUGGUAGGCCAGAUUGAGACAGCAAAACCGAUCCAGAACUGUUUUACCACUGUGGACAUCCGAACCAGACACAAGCUCCAAUUACACACCCAAGAUACCAGAUUUCCAGGAGCACAAUACUUUUUAGAUGAGAGUGAGGGGGAAAAC